UCCUUGUGCUUGUUCACACACGCAUUUGCCUUCACGCAGAGUGCGUGUGGACGCGGCGGUGGCGGUGGUGGAUGUAGCGAAGAUAAAGUCAACGUUUCUUUUCCCCCGUGCCGAUCCGCUCUGCCCCGGAGACAUAACAGAUCGUCCUUCAAGGACCCCUUCCGCUGACCCCUCCCACCCAUCCCUGCCCCACGGUUCCCCCUCCUGCGGUCAGGAUGUCAUGGCGUCCUCAGUACCGCAGCUCCAAGUUCCGGCACGUGUUCGGCAAGGCGGCCCCCAAAGAGAGCUGCUACGACGGCGUGCCCAUCACGCUCAGCGUCCAGGACAACAACUUCUGCGCGGUCAACCCUCGCUUCCUCGCCGUCAUCACCGAGUGCGCGGGGGGCGGGGCCUUCCUGGUCCUCUCUGUCCAUCAUACGGGUAAAGUGGACCCUCACCACCCGCGCGUGUCAGGCCACAGGGGCAAUGUGUUGGACAUAAAAUGGAAUCCCUUUGACGACUACUGCAUCGCCUCCUGCUCUGAGGAUGCCACGGUCAAGGUAUGGGAAAUCCCCCCUCACGGGCUCUUCAAGAACAUGACGGUGGCCUGGAAGGAGCUACAGGGCCACAGCCGCCGGGUGGGCCUCAUCGAGUGGCACCCCACCGCCAACAACAUCCUCUUCAGCACCGCAUAUGACUACAAGGUGAUGAUCUGGAACCUAGACUGUCCAGAGCAGGUGAUCAAGAAUCCCGUGCGGACCAUCAGCGUCCACACGGACGUGGUGCUGUCCAUGUCCUUCAACACGGACGCCAGCCUCUUGGCCACAACGUGCAAGGACAGGAAAGUGCGGCUCCUGGAGCCGCGCUCGGGGACCCUGCUGCAGGAAGCCAACUGCAAGACGCACAAGGCCACCAAGGUGCUGAUUCUGGACAACGUCAACAAGCUGCUCACCGCAGGCACGUCCAGAUGGAACGACAGGCAGAUUGCACUCUGGGAUCUGGAUGACUUGUCAAUGCCUUUGUUAGAGGAAAACAUGGAUGGUUCAUCGGGAUUCCUCUUUCCGUUCUAUGACCCUGACACACACAUGCUGUACUUGGCCGGGAAGGGGGACGGGAACAUCAGGUACUAUGAGAUCAGCUCGGAGAAGCCGUACGUUCACUACCUGACGGAGUACCGCUCCACUUUACCCCAGAAAGGGAUGGGUGUGAUGCCAAAGAGAGGCCUGGACGUGAGUUUGUGUGAAGUCUUUCGCUUCUACAAACUGGUGACCAUCAAGACGCUCAUUGAGCCGCUGUCCAUGAUCGUCCCACGCAGGUCAGAGUCAUACCAGGAGGACAUCUAUCCAAUGACGGCAGGCAACAAGCCCGCUUUGACUGCGGACGAGUGGCUUAGCGGCAUCGACAGAGGCCCGGUGAUGAUGUCACUGAAGCCUGGCCAGCCCGCGGACGAGUCGAACGGCGAGACCGACAAAGAUCUGGGGAGGACUCGUGGCCGAGCAUACAUUAGGGAACAGCCGGGCGGCGGCAGCACGACGGACAACAAUGGCGUGGCAGACGACGGCAGGAUGGCGGUGAGCAACGGACAAGACUUCCUGCUCUGCUCGCCGCCUAAGACGGAAAAUGAGCUUCGUGUGAAGUUCCACAAGCAGCAGGACGAGAUCCGGCGGCUGGUGGAGCUUCUCCACCAGAGGGACGUGCACAUCAAGCAGCUGGAGUUGGAGAUCAACAACAUAAAAAACUCUCAGCAGAACUCACUUUAACACUUUUUCCUUUUUUUUUUUUUUUAAAGACAAAUAUGGUCUUUCUGUCAUCGCUUCACACACAAUUUGGUGCAUAUAUUCUUGAUGUAAAUACACUCAGCGAUUCUUACCCACACACUUUUACGAACUUGCACACUUUGAUUUUGUAUCGCAGCUAUGCAACUUUUUAGGAUUUUUUUAAAACACAUUUUGUGAGCAGAAAGAAAAAACAACAAAGUUGAAAAGAAACAAAGAUGCGCGAUCAUAUGCAAAUGCAUUUUAUUGGUUGGCUUCAGUAUUUGAAAAAGGAGACUGAAAAGAAAAAAAUAAAACUCUGUGAUUAAAAAGUCACGUCAUAAGAAUAAACAUGUAAUAUAUUUUUUUUACGAUUUGAAUUUCAAAAUUCAUUCUUAUAAAAAAAUCUCGCUGUGUGACUUAUCCUCUCAAAGCUUUUAAUUUAUUCUUGUAAAUUCCCCUUUUUUUAAUAUAAAUUGUUUUUAUUUUUUAAAUCUCAGCUGUCUUGUAAUAAUUUCUCCCACAAUAUGUUGAGAAUCAAUAUGAGAGGGAAAAAAUCUUAAUUUAAGGAAAUAUUAUGUGAAUAAAAAUUUGACCCCAAAAAAUCAUACACAAAUGAAAAACAUCUCCCAGUCAUUUUAUGCAUUAUGAGACCCAAUUAUAAUUUCUUAUGGUUGAAAAUAUUCCGAUUACAAAAGUUGGAAUAUACCAAGACAAUAUUUUAAUAUUACAACUUUUUGUGCUAGAGUAUUUUUCUUCUUUUCAGUGCACCAAUACAUAUUGCUUCCUUUUUUUUCUUUCUUUCGUUUUGAAUGUUUCCCCAUCUACUCUUUUGAUGGCAGCAUUUGUACACGCAGAGACCAAACGUGCGCUUUUGUCCUCGUCCCACGUUGGUCUGUUGAAAUCGGGAAGUGCCGCUGCGACAUUCGAAGCUCAGCCUCGACAUCUCUGGACAUGACAUCAAAAGCUGGCGUGCUGCCGUUCAGUCACUGUGAAAUGACAUUUAUUUAAAAGCAGAAAAUGAGCACCACGAGUUCACUUUGCAUUGAUUUUUCAUUUGGGCAGGAAUAAACUGGCAUACUCAUCGAACAAAAAAACAUUGUUGACGUGCUAUGCAUUUUAUUCAUUCAUUUUUAAUCAAAAAUAAAUUUGUUCAAAAU